AUGUGGAAUUCUUUAAAAAUUCAACUUGAAAGCAUUAGCCAGAAAAUCUCUAACUUCGACGCGAGAAUCAAAUCAUUGGAGUCAUUACAUACGGAAAAUAUUGAGUUGAGGGCUACAGUUCUGGAUUUACAACAACAGAUAAAUAAUCAAGCCCAGAUGCUCUUGAGAAACGAGGUUGAGAUUACGGGCAUUGAGGAGAUCCAAAAUGAAAAUCCCUAUCAUCUUGUGUUGACAACGGCUGUAAGUCUGGGUGUCCCUUUGCACGAUUCAGAUAUUGUGUAUGCUUCUCGAGUUGGACCUAAGCGCAGUGACGUUAACAGCAAGCGGCUGCAGCGUCCCCUGGUGGUGGCGUUCGCUCGUCGUGUCAAGCGGGAUGAGUUUCUGAAGCAGGCAAAGGUACGUCGUAACCUAAAAAGCAACAAUAUAGUUGGACAAGGUCCUGAGAGAACCGUUUACGUCAAUGAACGUCUCACUCCUGCAAACCGUCGUUUAUUUCGUAGUGUCAGAAUGUUCGCUAAGAGCCACAAUUAUAAACAUAGCUGGACCCUUAAUGGAGCAAUAUUUGUUAGGAAACGAGACGCAUCACUCGGUAGCCCUGCGAUACGAGUGUGCGACGAGGUGGACCUUAUCAAGCUAUCCCAGGCCAUACCAACAGAUCAAGUUGCAUCUGUCGAGAAGCCUGGGCCCCCUCUGCCGAUUGAUGACAACGACGAAGUCUCUUCUUAG